UGUUGCAUGCACACAUUUUCGCUUCCAGAUGGUAGAUACCGAAAAGUUGAUAGGCAACAACAGAGAGGAAGGGGAAAAGAGAAAAAACUAACGUUAAACUUGAGUCAUUUCGCUUCUCUCCUCAUUUUUAACAAGUUACUUUUGUUCAAAGAUAAGUGAAUUUCACCAUGGGAAAGCCCAAAAAAGGAAAGAAGGGACAAGAUCAAGAUGACCUGAGUGAUGAGGAGUUAAGCAGCAGCACUGGAGCAGGCACUAAAAUGGGUGACAAUGAAUCUGAUUUGACAAAUCAAGCAGCAACCAAGAAAAUGAAAAAGGGCAAGAAAAGUCGAAAAGAUGAUGACCUAGAAGACAUAGAGGCUGAAAUUGCUGCCAUGUCCCUUGAGAUGAACAAGGACAGUAAGGAGGCAUUAGAAGAGGAGGAGGUUCACGUGGUUUCUAAAAAAAAAAAGAAGGAGAAGAAGAGGGCAGAAGAAGAUGCUAAUGAGAUGGAAUCACCAGCUGUGGCUCGCUUUCAGUUGCUGGGACUGAUGGAUGUUGGGAAUGAAGAUGAAGUUGUUGAUAAUGAUGAUGGGAAAGAAAGUGAAGAUGAAAAGGCCAAGGGAGGGGAAGUGGUUUUGGAGAGUGUUGGAAACACGGAUGCCAGCCACGGAAAGAAAGAGAAAAAAAAGAAGAAAGGAAAAGACAAGACCAAAACAGCAGAAGAGGAAGAUGUUGAUGCAAUUUUGGCAGAACUAAAUGAGCCUAGUGAGAAAAAAAAGGGAAAGAAAGGAAAACAAAAGGACACAAAAGAAGUGGAGCAGGAGACUCCUCAAGAUGAGCCUCAAACGGUGGCCAUAGAGGUCAAGAAAUUGGAUCCAAAGGUUGUUACAAUUGAUGACUUUGAGUCUGAUGAGGACAGUAAGAAGAAGAAAAAAAAAACAGGAAAAAAGGAGGUAAAGGAAGAUGAAACAGGGGCACUUGAGGGAGACGAAGAAGAAGACGAAGAUGGAGGAACAGUGAAAACUGCUGCACAGAAGAAGAAAGAAAAGAAGGAGAGAGAACGCCUAAAGAAAUUACAACAAAAGCAGAAGCAGCAAAAGAAAGAUGCAGUUACAGCAGACGAUAAAGCGAAGUCUAGCAAGCAAGAGGGCACAACCACUGUGGAUACAGAGCAGAAUGAAGGCGAUAAAGCAAUGGCAGAGGUAGACAGUGAAGAAGAGGGGGAAAAGGAAGGAAAAAAGAAGAAAAAGAAAAAAGGCGAGAAAGAUGAGAAACCCAAGACAAAUAAAAGAGUGGCAGCAAUCAAAGAACAUCUGGCAAAAGUAAAGGAGGAAGAAGAAAGGAAGCGGCGAGAGGAGGAAGAGGCAGAAAGGCUGGAACAAGAAAGAAUCCAGAAAUUGGAAGAACAGAAACGGUUGGAAGAAGAACGACGCCUUAAAAAAAAACUUAAGAAAAAGGAACGUGAGGAGCGUGCAAAAAAAGAAGGACGAUUCCUUACUGAAAAACAAAAACAAGACCGCAUGCGUCUCAAUCAGAUGUUGGAGAUAAUGAAGGAACAAGGUGUUGGAAUUCCCACUAAAGAAGAAGUAGCUAAAAAGAAGCCUCUCUACACCAAGAAGAAGAAAGAAACACAACCCAAAGAUGAUGCUGCAAAGCCACUGUCACCAUCCGAAGAGAAGACUUUGGAAAUUAGCUCUCCUGUAAGUGAGGAGAAUAAGUUAGACAAGCUAGAGGAGUCUGUUGUAACUGACGUCAAACAUGAUCAAGAAGAGAACGAAGCAAUAGAAGUAAAAGAUGCUUGGGAUGAAGAGAGUCAAGAGGAAGACAGUUCAGAAGAAGAGGAGGAAACGGGAGAGAAGCCUGAGGAUGCAGUAGUUUCAGAAGCAGUGGAUGCAAGGCAAAGCACAGCUCCACCAGAAGAAAAUAACGAGGAGUCCGAAGGGGCGGAAGAUGAAUCUGAAGAAGAAUCUGAAACUGAAGAAGAAAGCUCAGAAACUGAGUCUGAUGAUGACCGGACUCCUGCUGAGCGUGGCAAAGAAAAAGUCAGGAAACGUCAUGAAGCUGCUGAGAAGAAGAGAACAACAGAGGUACUGCGUGCACCUGUAGUGUGUGUUCUGGGUCAUGUGGACACUGGCAAGACUAAGAUUCUGGACAAGCUGAGGCGAACAAAUGUCCAGGAAGGAGAAGGGGGUAUAACCCAGCAGAUUGGUGCAACCAAUGUACCAAAAGAUGCUAUUCUCGAAAAGACUAAGAUGUGCAAGGAGUUUAUGAAGCAAGACCUAAAGCUCCCAGGACUGCUUAUCAUUGACACACCUGGACACGAAUCCUUCAGCAACUUGAGAUCACGUGGCUCUUCUCUGUGUGACAUUGCUGUUUUGGUCAUUGAUAUUAUGCAUGGCUUAGAACCACAGACCAUUGAGUCAAUCAAUUUACUCAAGCAGCGCAAGACGCCAUUUGUUGUUGCUCUUAACAAGAUUGAUCGACUUUACCAGUGGAAGAGCAAUCCACAAGCUGAUGUUUACAACACAAUCAAACGACAGACACCACACACAAAAUCUGAGUUUGAUGAACGAGCACGUUCUGUCAUCACCCAGCUUGCCCAGGAGGGGCUAAAUGCUGCUCUGUUUUAUGAGAACAAGAAUGUCAAAGAAUAUGUUUCCCUUGUACCUACAUCAGCACACAGUGGAGACGGCAUGGGGAAUCUGGUGGCUCUUAUCUGUGAACUAACACAAAGCUUGCUAGCUAAGCGACUAGCAUAUAGUGAAGAAAUGCAAGCAACUGUGAUGGAGGUCAAAGCACUGCCUGGCCUGGGAACAACAAUUGAUGUGGUUUUAGUGAAUGGCCGAUUGUGUGAAGGAGCAACAAUGAUACUGGCAGGUACAGAAGGACCCAUUGUUACACCAAUUCGAGGCCUUUUGAUGCCCCAGCCCAUGAAGGAGUUACGUGUUAAAAACCAGUAUGAACAUCACAAGGAGGUGCUGGCAGCUCAGGGUGUCAAGAUCAUUGCAAAGGAUCUGGAGAAAGCUCUGGCAGGUCUCCCCUUGUAUAUAUCCCAUGACCAGGAUGAAAUAGAAUACUACAAGCAAGAGGUAGAGAAGGCUCUGGAGGACGCUCUGAAAUCUAUUCGUCUGUCAGAUCGAGGCGUCUUUGUUCAGGCAUCUACCCUAGGUUCCCUUGAGGCACUUCUGGAAUUCCUGCGCACAUCCAAAGUGAAGUAUGCUGGCAUUAACAUUGGACCUGUGCACAAGAAGGAUAUUAUGAAGGCUUCCAUCAUGUUGGAACAUGACCCACAGUAUGCAGUAAUCCUUGCCUUCGACGUACGUGUAGAGCGAGAAGCACAGGAACUGGCAGACCACUUAGGGGUGAAGAUCUUCACUGCAGAUAUCAUCUACCAUCUUUUUGACAAAUUCACUGCCUAUCGAGAGGAACUUAUAAAGAAAAGGCAAGAGGAGUUCCGACACAUUGCUGUCUUUCCCUGCAAGCUGCGCAUUCUUCCUCAGUUUAUCUUCAACUCACGUGACCCAAUUGUUAUUGGUGUCCAAGUUGAAGCUGGAUUUCUCAAGGAGGGUACACCUCUUUGUGUGCCAAGUAAAGAAUUUGUAGAGAUUGGUCGUGUGGCCAGCAUAGAGUUCAACCACAAGCCAGUAGAGAUUGGCCGUCAGGGUCAGGAGGUGUGCAUUAAAAUAGUUCCGGUACCUGGAGAGGCCCCUAAGAUGUAUGGCCGCCACUUUGAGGAAACAGACCUCCUUAUCAGCAAGAUCUCACGAGAGUCUAUUGAUGCAGUGAAAGAGCACUUCCGCAAAGAGAUGAGCAAGACAGACUGGAUGUUGGUGAUGGAGCUAAAGAAGCUAUUUCAGAUUUUGUGAGAAAGACAGGUCUGCAUGAGGCCCAUAACUAUCAGCUUUCAUUUGUGUGACAUUGACCAAAGGACAAGUUCAGCAAAAGACUGGUGAUGCUGUGGCCCAAAUAUAGGGAGAGGAGGAAAACAGGAACCUUCUUUUAACAUCUGAAUCAAUAAUUAACAUACAAAAAAAUGUGCUGGUAUGGUUAUUAAUUUGAGUGAAAUGUGCAUUGGCCACAGAGACCAUAUGAUGAAUGCUGUUGUUGUUGGAAUUUCUCUGAUUGUCUGAUGCGAUUUUUGAACAGAAACAAUCAUGGUGAAAAGCCAUGGUUGUGACAAGUAUUGCCCAGUGUGGCACACAGUAGCAGGACAUGCAUGUGGUUAUUGUUUGCAAGUGUACUUGAUAAGCACCAGACCACUGGCUAAUGCCCAUGAGAGAUUGAACAGUGAUGUGUUCUUGCAUCAGUCUGAGUGCCUCCUGCAGUGAUGCUGCAAGUGCCUGCACCACUUGUAUUCCAUCUUCUUGGUUGCUCCAGGUAUUGUUAUUACCUGACCUGGGAUUUCUCUUUUAAGACCCACAGUUUCAAGUGAUUGAAAGUUGGUUUGGGUGCCAAUAUUUUUAGUUUUGAUGUGAGUUUAUUGUUGGCACAGCAGAUUUGCCAAGAGAUAUCAUAUAUUUCAAAGUUUUUGACCCGAAGGCCUGCCUUAAUUUGUUUCUGAACAGCAUAUUUCGAGAUGAGUACAGCAGAACUUAUGGAAAAUAGAUGUUGGUCUUAUUUUUAUUUCCAAAAUAGUUGAUAGUCUUGUCAGCAUCAGAGAAUUUAGCAUGGUGCACAUACUGAGAAAAAUCUGCAACCUGGAGCCAUACCUUCUAGUGCUAAACAUUGUGGAUUUUUAGGAUCUUUACAUUAUAAUCUUUGCAGAAUCUUGAAAACCAACGAUGGUAACUGCAAGAAACAGAUUAAGUCACUGGCCUUCAUGUCACUACAGCCUGUGUAUACAUUGCUGUUGUACAUAUAUAAAUGUUAAUAAAACAUGGGUAUGUGCAGAAAGCAUACGUGGUUUGCAUCUGCGUGUGUGUGUGCUUGCAUGUGCUUGUACUGUUCUGCCCAGUACAGGAGGUUUGAGGAGCUUGUAUGAAGGGUGUAUUGCAUUGCUAUGGUUACAAUGUUUCUUGGAAUAAACUUGGGCUUUGUUAACCC